GCGGCGACAUGGGUCCCAGGAGGGUGGCCCUCAUCACCGGCAUCACCGGCCAGGAUGGAUCGUACUUGGCUGAGUUCCUGCUGGAAAAAGGCUACGAGGUGCAUGGAAUUGUUCGUCGAUCUAGUUCUUUUAACACAGGCCGGAUUGAACACCUCUAUAAGAACCCGCAGGCUCACACUGAAGGAAACAUGAAGCUGCACUAUGGUGACCUCACGGACAGCACCUGCCUGGUGAAGAUCAUUAAUGAAGUCAAACCCACCGAGAUUUACAACCUGGGAGCUCAGAGCCACGUCAAGAUUUCUUUUGACUUAGCAGAAUAUACUGCUGAUGUUGAUGGGGUUGGCACUUUACGGCUCCUGGAUGCUAUUAAGACCUGUGGCCUUAUCAACUCAGUGAAGUUCUACCAAGCCUCUACGAGUGAACUUUUCGGGAAAGUGCAAGAAAUACCACAGAAGGAGACCACCCCUUUUUACCCAAGAUCGCCUUAUGGAGCAGCAAAACUGUAUGCCUACUGGAUUGUGGUAAACUUCAGAGAGGCCUACAAUCUUUUUGCUGUGAACGGUAUUCUCUUCAAUCAUGAAAGUCCCAGGAGAGGAGCUAAUUUUGUUACUCGAAAAAUUAGCCGGUCGGUAGCAAAGAUUCACCUCGGACAGCUGGAGUGCUUCAGCCUGGGCAACCUGGAUGCUAAGAGAGACUGGGGCCAUGCCAAGGACUACGUUGAGGCAAUGUGGCUGAUGUUGCAAACAGAUGAGCCAGAAGACUUUGUCAUAGCCACUGGGGAGGUCCACAGCGUCCGUGAAUUUGUGGAGAAGUCAUUUAAGCACAUUGGCAAAACMAUUGUGUGGGAAGGGAAGAAUGAGAAUGAAAUAGGACGGUGCAAGGAGACUGGCAAGAUUCAUGUGACAGUCAAUCACAAGUACUACAGGCCAACUGAAGUGGAUUUUCUUCAAGGCGACUGUACCAAAGCGAGGCAAAAGCUCAACUGGAAGCCCAGGGUCACGUUUGAUGAGCUGGUGCGGGAGAUGGUGGACGCUGACGUGGAGCUCAUGAGGAACAACCCGAACGCCUGAGCCAGGCGCCCCGACCUGACCCGAGCCCCAYGGCGGGAUUGGGCCCAUCACCCUCCCCGCAUUAAAAAGCGGGUUCCCCCCCCCGUGUCCAACGGGCUGGGACUCCUGCCGCUGGGGGCGGUCACCCCAUUCCGCCCCUUUUUACCGUACCUGAAGGAGGCAUCGGCACUGGUUUCCUUUUGAUAAUUUAAACCCAUCUUUCUAUCACCUGGGACCUCCGGCGUGUUUUCAGUUCUUUCUGCCACUGAAUGAMAGGGAAACAAAAGCGUGUCCCCGCACCCCGCCCCGCAGCAAACCGCUGGCCUCGCCAUUCCCCAGCCCUGGCUUCCCCUCUCCUUCCUUUCCCGAGCACUCCUUGUUUUCCUUUCCUGCAGCUCACCUCCACCCCAGCCGCCCAUUCCCACCGCCUGCACUCCGCCAAAGUUUGGAUAACUCGAUACAGCUUUGCAAUGAGAUCGCCUUUGACCACGCCGAAUUAAUUCCUAAUUGCUGGAAUCGCUUUCAAGCCGGUCAGAGGGGCUUUUAAG